AUGGCUGUUACGUUCAACGAAAGCAUGUUCGCAAAUACCUUCGCGUCUUUCAAGAAGGAACCUGAGAUCAUUGUGACCGAAUGCUCUCUGCCGCUGACUCCACCUCCUGAGGAGACAGAUGAGUCCCCAUUCUGGACUACCGAAUAUCCAAUGCAACUUGAGAAAGCACAAGUACUGAGCCCUGUUGAACCGGAGUCCAUCGUGGCAGUCAUCGGCGUCGGUUACGUCGGCACCCACCUCGUCGAAGCCUUCGCCGGCCAUUACAAUGUCAUUGCUUUCGACCUCAGCACCAAAAGACUCGAUGAAGUUUCGGAACAACUCACCGGCCUGCCGAUCCAAUUUACAUCAAACGCUGCUUCAAUUCACGAAGCGACUCAUGUUCUCAUCUCCGUACCGACAAUCCUCACGGACGAUAAGAAGGUUGACACUACAUACUUGCGCAGUGCCAUUGCUACUGUAGAGAAAUACGUCAAGCCUGGAUCCACUAUUGUCAUUGAGAGCUCGGUUGCUGUUGGUAUGACACGGGAACUCGUUGGGCCGCUCAUGGCGUCCAAAAACUUCAAAGUUGGCAUGUCGCCGGAGCGUGUUGACCCCGGCCGCACAUUCCCCGCUUUCGAAGACAUCCCCAAGAUCAUCUCUGGCCUUGAUGCCGCCUCCCUGGAGUCAAUCUCCACUCUUUAUGGUCGUGUCUUCAACAAGUUGCUUCCUGUCUCCUCUCCUGAAGUUGCUGAGAUGACCAAGUUAUACGAGAAUUGCCAGCGCAUGUUGUGCGCGACUUAUGCCAACGAGAUGGCAGAUGCCUGCAGUAGUAUUGGCAUUGAUGCUUUCGAGGUCAGCAAUGCCGCAGCAUCGAAGCCGUUUGGUUACCUACCAUUUUGCCCUGGUCCAGGAAUUGGAGGUCACUGCAUCCCCGUCAACCCAUACUACCUUCUCUCCAAUCUUCACAUGCCACUGCUCGAACACGCAGCUACUUUAUCAGCGUCACGACCAAGAGAUGUGGCCAGGAGCUUCGUGCGAUCUAUACUCCAGGAAAGCACAAUUCCAGGAGAUAUCCGCGUAGAUCCCAGCCAACUCCGACUGCUCGUCGUUGGCGUAGGUUUCAAGCGCGGGCAGAGCGUCAUGAGCAACUCCCCUGGUGCUGCUAUAGUCCACACAUUGAAGAACGAAUACAACUGCCACGUUGAGUUUGCGGAUCCGUUGGUCUCCACAGCUCUUUAUAGCGCAGUGCCAAAGAUGGAUACGGAGACGAACUGGAACGUCGAUUACCUCAGCACUUAUGAUGGUAUCAUUGUCUCUGUGAACCAAGAAGGCCUUGAUAUGGACGUGCUGGCAAACUUGCCAGGUGUCAAGUUACAAGACUUCUCCGGGGUUCUCAAGGACUCUAUUAGCAGUGUGCCGUCACUAGCUGCGAGGAAGGAGAUUUACUAG